AUGGAACAACGUUAUUUGGAUUUUCUAGCUUCAUUAAGUAUCGUUAAAGAUGAAAAAUUACGUGAGAAGUGUUAUCAGGCAUGGAUUCAUUUAUACAAGUAUUAUGAUCAUUCAGCUAUUAAUGAAUUAAACUUACGAAAUAAAGUUCAACAUUUAUCAGAAUUGUUAUAUAAAUUAGAUCAAGAUCAAUCGAGUCUGAAAUCUAAUUUAAUUCAUAGAGUUCGAUACUUAAUGAAAUUAGGCAAGAAAACAUUCUAUGAACUCUAUGAGAAAUGGCAUAAUAAACUAUGCCUUAAUCAACAACUAGAUAAAGAAAUUUCAUAUUUAAAACAAAAACGAAUGAUUUUAAUUAAUUUAAUUCAUUCGUUGAUGAAUCAAGACGAUACAACAUAUGAAAAAGAACUGACUAUUCAAAAUAUGAAAUAUUUUCGUUUAACUAUACAAUUAAAUUCGUUAAAUGAAAAUAUUCAAUAUUAUAAAGUCGAAUUUAAUGAUUAUAUGCAACAAUUUUACUAUGAUUUAAAUUGUAUUCAUCGCAAAACACAAGAAAUGAUAAAAAUUAAAGAAUUAAGCCAUAAUUUAGAAAUAAAUCAACAACAACAACUCAUUGUUGAUUUAAAAUCAAUUGUCAAUGAAAUCGCAGUAGAAGCAAAAUUACAAGUUGAUUUAAAAUGUGCAAAUAAACUGAUGGAUAAUAAUAUUACAUCGAAUCAAUCAACAAUUGAAAAUAAUCAAAUUAAAAAAAUAGAAAUGGCAAAUAAAUUAACAGAAUUAGAUAAAAAUAUUGAGAUACAUCUAAAAAUAAUUGAACAUGAAAAAUAUAUGAAACAACAAAUUAAACAAGAUAAAUUUAAUAUUUUAAAUGACAUAAAACGAAACCAACAUCAUGUCGUUGUUCAAAAACAGCAAAAAUGGAUAUUACAGAAUCGUGUUAUAAUGUUACAAAGUGAAAUUGUUCAAUCAAAUAAUAAUAAUACCAACAAUGUAGAAUCAUCUUUACAAACGGAUAAAUUAAAAUUAAUUAAAUCAAAACAAAAAUUCGAUAAACAAGUUCAACAUGAAUUUCGGCAACAUUUAGCGAAAAAAGAUCUUGUUGAAAAAAUAGAAGAAAUGAAAAUUGAUGUUGAACAUAAUAAAAAUUUAGUCAAACAUCAACGUGCGAAAAUCGUUGGUUAUGAACGUUUACACGACAAAUGGAUAUUGACAUUUGAUAAUAGUCGUGAACAUUUACUGAAAAUAUUUGAUCGCUUUUCAUCCAUUGAAAAUUUGACACAGCAAACAAUUUUAUUAUUUGAAGAUUUAAAAAAACAACAUAAAACAAUUCGAUCAAAAAUUAUAUUUGAAUACAAUGAGAUAUACAUAACAAACGAGAAGAAAAAUAAAUUAUUUGAUCAAAACGAUUUAAAUGUGAUAAAUACUGAUGAGUCCAAACAUUUAAUUAUGUUAAAAAUAAAACAAAUGGAGAAAUAUUUACGAUCAACAUCCGAAAAUUUACAACAUCAUACACAGAAAUUGAAAUUUAUUCAAGAAAAUAUGAUUAUCAUUCGACAUCAAAUACCAAAUAUAAAUGCAAACAUAUUUGAAUUGAAAAGAAAAAAUAAUCAAAUUGAUCAAAAAUUAUUGAGAUUUCAAGCAUUAAUUUCAAAAUCAGAAUAUGCAUAUAAAAUGUUACAACAAACGAAUAUUAAUGAAUCGAUCUUUAUUCAUCAGAAAAUUCUCCAACGUGAUAUAUUAACACGAAAACUACUCUUUGCAAUAAAAUUAAUAAUAUUAGUCAAAGGAAAAUGUUCAUAUUUUACACAUUUGUUUACAAUGGGAACUAAAUAUUUGAGUAAUAUU